AUUACGUAGAUGUUGAGUGUGCUGAUAUCACUGUCUAGGAUCGAAGUCUCCCACCCAGUGGUCAGUGCAGGUCCGGACCAACUAGACUUUGGAGUUUUAAUAUCUUUUAUUGCAUUCAGAUCUAGAUCUUUUGGAAGAAGCUUUUGAUUUACAAGACACUCAUCAGUUGCCAAUCGUUUGUGACUAUCAUGGAUUCUUACCAAAAUGAUUCAUUGGUUAACCAUCAACAAACUGUCCCCGAAAACCCUACGGCUAUGAUUAAUAUGCCAAUAUUUGAUCCAAGUCACAGAAACCCUACGGCUACAAGUAAUAUGCCCAUAUUUGAUCCAAGUCACAGAAACCCUACGGCUGCGAUUAAUAUGCCCAUGUUUGAUCCAAGUCACAGAAACCCUACGGCUGCGAUUAAUAUGCCCAUGAUUGAUCCAAUUCACAGAAACCCUGCGGCUGCGAUUAAUAUGCCCAUGAUUGAUCCAAGUCACAGAAACCCUACGGCUGCGAUUAAUAUGCCCAUGUUUGAUCCAAGUCACAGAAACCCUACGGCUGCGAUUAAUAUGCCCAUGAUUGAUCCAAGUCACAGAAACCCUACGGCUGCGAUUAAUAUGCCCAUGUUUGAUCCAACGAUUGAUCCAAGUCACAGAAACGUUGCACAACCUAGCCUUAUGGCCCCAGGGGUACCGCCUGGCGGAAUGGUACAUGCUAACAUGGCCACAUUUCCAACCAUGCCGACAGUAUUAAUGCCGCUAAUUAUCCAAGACACACCGCGGCCAAUCGUUCAGUAUUUCUUCAACACAAGACAACAUGAGAACAGGGCAGACUUUCUGGAUUCUAACGACACUAGGCCAGAAUCUCUAGAUUAUGAUGACGACAGUGAGUCAGACUACUUGGAUCAUAACAAUGACACUGAAGCAGACUCUUUGAAUCAUAACAAUGACACUGAACCAGACUCUUUGGAUCAUAACAAUGACACUGAACCAGACUCUUUGGAUCAUAACAAUGACACUGAACCAGACUCUUUGGAUCAUAACAAACACCACGCCAGUACCGACAAGCUCCUCGAAGUUGCGCCCAAAAAUAAGACAUGCAGUAAAUUAAAUACUGCCAUCCUGAUUAAUUUCCUAGUGAUGAUCUUUCUACUUCUGCCAAUCCUGGCUUGUAUCCUGGAUAUUGGCAACACACUGGAGGCUAAACUCGAUCAACUGAAUGACCUAAUGGAGGUGCAAAGAAAUGUCACGGAAAACUCUGAUGUAGCCAAAAAUGUUAACAUUAGAACCGCUGACACUUGUAUCUGCCUCUACGAGCACCACAUCUCCUGGUACAAUGCCCGAGAGUUUUGUCUCAACUUGGCCAGUGGUUCUCAUCUAGCAGAAAUCCACACCAAAGAAGAUAACGAGCUCCUGAUGCCUCUGUUACAAAAUUCAAGCAUCAGUAGAGAAAUAUGGGUUGGAGGUUCUAGCUGGAUGAGUCAGAGGAUCUGGACAUGGAACUACACAGGGAAACCAAUUAGGGACGGUGGUCAGUCAAGUCAAUGGAAUUAUGAAGUUGGCAGCAGGCAAUGUUUAGUUCUUUCCAGUUGGGACAAUGCCAACUACAAAUGGAAUGCAAUUGAUUGCAAUGAUAAGAAAUCGUUUGUUUGCUCAAUGAAACUGGUUGAUGCAAAAUGUCUUUGUAAACACUAGACUAAUUCUAGUCACUGAAGUGAACCUUAUAUGUACCAUAGUAGAACAUUUGAAUAUACCAACAUACAUGUGAGACACUCUUAAUAAACUGACCUUUUCACCUAAACGUUUCGGAUUUCAAAGAAAAUCUUGGCGCAGUUAAAAAUAAAUAGGAAUAUGUUUAAAUUAAGAGAAGAAACAUGGAUAGGAAUCUGUUUAAAUUAGGAGAAGAAACAUGGAUAGGAAUCUCUUUAAAUUAGGAGAAGAAACAUGGAUAGGAAUCUCUUUAAAUUAGGAGAAGAAACAUGGAUAGGAAUCUGUUUAAAUAAUUAAAAAAUGGAAACAUGGACAGGACUCGUUCACUUUAAUGUCUUUAUUCAAACAAUAGCAAUUAUAAUACUAGUCUUUAUCAUCUUUGAAUAUUUUUUCGUCACAACUUUUGAAGGCUGAUGUUUUGAAUCAUGAAUGUUGCUUUUAUUUCUAUGUACAUAAAGAGAUUGAACGUUUGUAAAUAAAAUGUUAUACACUGUUGUUGGACAUUUGUUUUCUAGUGGUAUGAUUUGGUCUCCAGGUGAUGGGAUUAUUUCAAUUUCUAGUUUCAAUGAUAAAAAAAACACUUUUUUUUUUAAACAGACUAUACCUCAUUUCCACAAUUUAUAGAACCAAAUUAAAGUUCUUUUAUUUGUUAAUGCUUUGCAAUGUCUUAAGCACAACUUUGUAGCGCAAGCGGACAGUACAAGAUA